AUCGACGGAGGUUCGGAGUACCAUCAUCACUUCACCUCCACUCGUCGCCAACUCGCGCUCUCCAAGGCCGCCAUAAUGGCCCUGAACCUUUCUUCGACAAUGCGGCCCCUGAGCUGCUGGAAGUCUAUCUUCCGAUCAACGAGAUGUGUGCGGCAAUUGACGACCGCGACUCCCCCCUCAGCAUCAACGAUUCCUCCGCGGAUUGGGAUCUCUGCGCUUGCUGAAAGAAGUCUCUCUGCUGGUCCUAAAAAGAUCAAGACCUAUCCCCCUCCGCCUUCUGCUCGCGUGCACUUCAAAGAGCCUAUUUCAGACGUUACAGCGGCGCAAUUGACCACGCUUGACCCCACCGGUGCCCGCACUCGCAUGUUCGCCCGUGACAACUCCGAUGCCGCCAAGGUCGGUGAUAUCCUUCUGGUUCGUCAGCGCAAUGGUGACCCCUUUGCUGGUGUCUGCCUGAACAUCCGCCGUCGAGGUGUGGAUACUGGUAUUCUGCUGCGAAACCAGCUCACGCGUGUUGGCGUGGAGAUGUGGUUCAAGAUCUACUCUCCCAAUGUGGAGGGUAUUGAAGUGGUUCAAAGAAGAGAAAAGCGUGCUAGAAGGGCACGAUUGUAUUACAUGAGACAACCCAAGCACGAUGUUGGCUCCGUACAGAACAUUGUCCUCCAGUACCAGCGCCGGAGCGCCGUUUUGCGGUCCGGAGGCGAGGUCAGGGGCCGAGACGCCAACUCUGGCAAGCGCAAAGGCAAGAAGAGGUAAAAUGAAAUGAGCAAGAGGGAUUGCAGAGUAUAUGUACAAGUACCAUAACCGGCGUGAUUUUGGGAAGGGAAAUAUAUUUUUUCUGUUUUAGUAUAUAGAGCCUUAUUCUUAAGUAAAGCUUUGUCGUGUUUUUUUUCUUAUAUGGUCACCAAUCUAGAUUCAUCCUUGAGAAUCAAAUCGCUACACAAAAUUGAUUGGAGUUACCACUGUGUAAACUGUAGCUUUCUGCAUUUGCCUGCAGUGACCAGCAGCUUCUACAGCUCUUUCGAGCCUCGGCUGGUUGCU